GGGGGGGGGGUUCUUCUCGGAGGAAAUCAUGCAGUUUGCAAUCUGGCUGGUUGGACUAAUGUGUCAUCUGUCAGCGCUCGUGCGGGACACUUUGCAGCACCCAUUGCAUCCGAAACAAGAGAGCUUCGUCAAGCAGCUGUCAUCGUAUGAAAUCAUCACCCCGGUGCGCGUGAAUGACUUCGGAGAAUCGUUCCCCCACACGCUGCACUACCGGAGGAGACGCAGGAGCUUGAACGACGACCUGUCGGGUCUGCGGGUGCACUACCGGAUCGACGCGUUCGGGGACCGCUUUCACCUCAAUCUGACCGCGGAGUCCGGCUUCAUCGCCCCCUCUUACACGGUCACCCAUUUGGGAGCGGAACCGAGCGGGACCGCGGGCUCGCGCCUCCGCGACGCGAGCGACAUGCGCCACUGCUUCUUCCGCGGACAAGUCAACGCCGAGGGCGCGUACCCAGCCGUCUUCAGCCUGUGCACUGGCCUCAUUGGAACGUUUACGACACAGCACGGCGAAUACUUCCUGGAGCCUCUCUUGAACGCCGCCGGGGAGGAAUAUGACGAAGAGCACAACAAACCUCACCUGGUCUAUCGGCACGAGAGGAAGAGGAACGUCUCGCAUCCCGACAACAACACGGAUCCCUACGGUGCCCCAGGUAACCGACUGCAGACUGCCCCUCACCCGCAAACACUCACGCCACCUUCUGAUGACCUGCAUUCACUUUCUGAGCCAAAGGAAUGAACGCGGCCCUAAAAAAAAAGAAGGAAAA